AUGAACAUGUUAGAUAAUUCUAAAGAAAAAAUGAAAGAACGCGAUGAAACCAAUAAUGAUGAGACUAAUACCAAUAAACAGAAGACCAGAAAGAAAAGAAUAUUUUGGAUCACCACAGCUAUAGCUCGAGAGACAGACAGGGAUAGGGAAGAACUUUUAAAUACUAUGUUGAUUGAAUUCAUGAUUUAUUUCUGCUUUGUUGCUUUGAUGACUAUAUAUGUAAUUGGAAAUCGCAAUCCAAAAGUUUACUACUUGACCAGAGGUUUGAAACAACAAUUCACUGAACGUGGAUUCAGUUCCGUCAAUGAUGCAGAAAUUAUGUUUGAAGAUAUUAAAACUGCUGCAGACUUCUGGUUUUUUGCUGAAAGUCACAUGGUGAAUAGUCUCUUCUGGGAAUCAACUUAUCACAUCGGUGAUUUUGAUGAAAACGCUAUGAACAUCCUUGGCGAAAACAGAGUUCUAGGCGUACCAAGAAUAAGACAGGUGAGGGUACGCAAUGAUUCCUGUGUUGUUCAUGAGUACUUCAGAAGACUGUUUCUGAGCUGCUAUGACUCAUAUUCUGCUAAAGCUGAAAAUAAAAAACCAUUUGGACUAGCUGAUGGAACUGCAUGGGAAUAUAGUUCGUCAUCAGUAACUAGAAGCCUUUCAUACAGCGGUAAAAUUUCAACAUAUGGUGGAGGAGGUUUUUACAAAGAUCUAGUGGCGAACAAAAAUGAAACUUCAGCAAUAUUAAUGGGACUAAAAGACAAUCUGUGGGUGACGAAGAGCACCAGAGCGAUCUUCGUUGAUUUCACAGUUUACAAUGCAAAUUUGAAUCUCUUUGCAAUCUGUAAAUUGGUUUUCGAAUUUCCGACUACUGGUGGGGUGAUUCCUACUGCUGAUUUUCGCAGUGUUAAGUUGCUCAGGUUCCACACCAAAUUCGAUUGGUUUAUACUGGUGUGUGAACUGAGCUGUUAUCUAUUUGUUAUAUUUUACAUUGCUCAUGAAUUCAGAGAGCUGUUAUAUUUCAAGCUCAGGUAUUUCCUGGCAUUUUGGACUUGGAUUGAUUUCUCUAUAAUAAUUCUCACUCUGAUCAGUGGUUUGAUUUCCCUGAUAAAAACUAUGAGGAUUAAUGAUGAAAUCGAAUAUAUAAAAAAUCAUCCGCAAGAGUACGGUAAUUUGGAAUACAUGGCGAUAUUGAAGUUGUGGUUCAAUAAUAUUAUUGCUGUAGAUCUAUUUGUUAUUUACAUGAAAAUUUUCAAGUUCCUCAACUUCAACAAAACGAUGAGUCAGCUGAAUAACACUCUGAAAAAGUGUGCCUCAGAUAUUUUAGGAUUCUCCGUGAUGUUUUUCAUUAUAUUCUUCGCGUACACUGAACUUGGAUAUCUGAUUUUCGGAAGUCAAGUGGAGAGUUUCAGCAGUUUUGGUAUCGCAAUGUUCACGCUGCUUCGCACCAUACUGGGCGAUUUUGAUUACCACGAAAUAGAACAAGCCAACAGACUCCUGGCACCUUUCUACUUCCUAUCGUACAUAUUCCUCGUAUUUUUCGUACUCCUCAAUAUGUUUUUGGCUAUCAUCAACGACACCUAUGCAGACGUGAAAACCGAGAUAGCCAUUGCGCCCGAUGAACUGCAAAUGUCAGGGUACCUGCGAAGAGGAUUCAUGAGGUUUUUCAGGAAAUUCGGAUGUUUCAAAUAUCGGGGCAUGCCGGAAACCAAGAGCGAGAUCAAUGCAACGAUUCGGCAGAUCAGAGAUGCUCUGAAAAAAUGUGGUUUCAGUGAUCUGGAAAUCGAAAUGUUUUUUGCCAGGUAUAAUAUUGACCCUCUUGCCGAAAUGAACGUACAGAACAAUGAGAAACUAUUGUCAGAACUAGAGAAUAUACUGAAAGGCGACAGUAAAGAAAAUUAUGUGAAGAUAGACGAUUUCAUCAGUCAACAAGAACGCUUGGAACAAAUCGACAGAACUAUAGGUUCCCUCGUGGAACAAAUCAAGUUCCUGCUCAUCAAGCUGAAGGAAAUGGAGAAUGUGAACAAAAUUAGGAAGAAUUAA